GCACUGUAGAAUUAACUGCCUCUUUGAGUCCGGCCUCUGCUGGCCUCAUCCCUAUCCUAUGCCUAUGGGUGUCCGUGGAUAUCUGUCCCCAUCUGUGCAGAUGUCACUCUGCUGGAUCAUCAGCCUUCUGCUAGUCACUGUUGGAGGGAAAGAGGUUUGCUAUGGACACCUUGGCUGCUUUUCCAAUGACAAGCCCUGGGCAGGGAUGCUUCAGCGGCCUUUGAAGAUAUUACCUUGGUCCCCAGAGGACAUUGCUACCCAGUUUCUUCUGUACACAAACGAGAAUCCAAACACCUACCAAAUGAUCUCUGCCACCGACCCAGCCACCAUCGAGGCAUCCAACUUCCAACUGGACCGAAAGACACGUUUCAUCAUCCAUGGAUUCACAGACAAGGGAGAGGGAAGCUGGUUGCUGGACAUGUGCAAGAAAAUGUUUCAAGUGGAGAAGGUGAACUGUAUUUGCGUCGAUUGGAGGCACGGAUCCAGGGCUGAAUACACCCAAGCGGCCUACAACACUCGGGUCGUAGGCGCGGAGAUUGCCUUCUUAGUUCAAGUGUUGUCGACAGAGUUGGGGUACAGCCCAGAGAACGUGCACCUCAUCGGCCACAGCCUGGGUGCACACGUGGCUGGGGAAGCAGGCAGGAGGCUGGAGGGCCACCUGGGCAGGAUCACAGGGCUGGACCCUGCAGAGCCCUGUUUCCAAGGCCUACCUGAAGAAGUUCGUUUGGACCCAUCGGAUGCCAUGUUCGUAGAUGUGAUCCACACAGAUAGCGCCCCCAUAAUUCCCUAUCUAGGUUUCGGAAUGAGCCAAAAGGUCGGCCAUCUGGAUUUCUUUCCCAAUGGAGGGAAGGAAAUGCCCGGAUGUCAGAAAAAUAUCAUUUCCUCCAUUGUUGAUAUCAACGGAAUAUGGGAAGGAACUAAAAACUUUGUAGCCUGCAACCACCUACGGGCCCCCAAGUACUAUGCCAGCAGCAUCCUCAACCCUGACGGCUUCCUGGGGUAUCCCUGCACCUCCUAUGAGAAGUUCCAGCAGAAUGACUGCUUCCCUUGUCCAGAACAAGGAUGCCCUAAAAUGGGGCACUACGCUGAUCAAUUUGAGGGGAAAACUGCCACUGUGGAACAAACCUUUUUUCUGAAUACAGGAGACAGUGGUAACUUUACUCGUUGGAGAUACAAAGUGUCAGUCACACUAUCAGGAGCAAAGAAACUGAGUGGGUACAUCUUGGUUGCGCUGUACGGACCUAACGGAAACUCAAAGCAAUAUGAAAUUUUCAAAGGAUCCCUCAAACCAGAAGCAAGGCAUGUUCGUGACAUUGAUGUGGAUGUCAAUGUUGGAGAAAUCCAGAAGGUUAAGUUCCUCUGGAACAACAGUGUGAUAAAUCUCUUCCAGCCCACUCUGGGAGCUUCACAAAUCACAGUGCAAAGGGGUAAAGACGGAAAAGAGUACAACUUCUGUAGCAACAACACUGUGAGCGAAGAUGUCUUACAGUCACUUUACCCUUGUUAAAGGUGUGCCUGUACCUCUUCCCGUAAUAAACAUUUCUGACUCACUUGGUCUGA